CUGGGGCUGGGGCUGGGGCUCUGAGCCGUAAAUUCACUGAAACCUCAGGUUCCGGCUUCAGGUUGGAGGAUGUCGCGUGGUAAAGGGAGCAACAUUUUCAGCGGAUACCGGGCGCUGGCGCUUUGCUGCAACCAGGUCCCUCACGUGGUCCGGUUCCACCAGAAGCACCGAGAGUUUUACCUGGUAACUGCGGUGGGGGCAGUUUUCCACACCUACAACGUGAAAAGACUUGGGAUAGUUGCAGUUAGUAAUGCCCUUCCUGAAGACAUCACUUGUUUGGCAGCAGACCGAAUGCUUGUGUUUGCAGCUCAUGGCAGUUCAGUAAAAGCAUUUGCCAGAAACAAAGAGAUUGUGCAUACAUAUAAAGGACAUAAUGCAGAGGUCCACCUCCUGUUGACCUUUGGUGAUCAUAUGAUCUCAGUGGAUCGAGAUAACAGACUUAGCAUUUGGGAUGUGCAAUCAGAGGAGGAGUAUCUUCAGCUGAACUUUGACAAAAUCAUGUUUACAAUUUCUGCCAUUUUGCACCCAAGUACCUAUAUCAACAAAAUUCUUCUUGGCAGCCAGCAAGGGAGUCUUCAACUAUGGAAUAUCAAGUCUAACAAACUUUUAUAUACCUUUCAAGGUUGGGGUUCAGGAGUAUCUGUACUUCAGCAGGCCCCAGCUGUGGAUGUGAUUGCUGUAGGCCUCACAUCUGGUCAGAUAAUAAUUCAUAAUCUCAAAUAUGAUGAGAUGUUGAUGAAAUUUCAACAAGACUGGGGACCAAUCACAGCAAUAUCAUUUCGCACAGAUGGUUAUCCAGUGAUGGCUGCUGGGAGUCCUGUGGGUCAUGUUGGACUGUGGGAUUUGGAGGAGAAGAAGCUGGUUGGCCAAAUGAGGGAAAUUCAUACAACGGCGGUUUCAGGACUAACAUUUGUUCAUGGAGAACCACUUCUUAUUACCACUGGUGAAGACAAUGCAAUUCGGGUCUGGAUUUUUGAUGCUCCAGAAGGUGGAGGUCGCCUUUUACGGUGCCGUAUGGGACACAGUGCCCCUCCAACCAAAAUACAAUAUCAUGGAUCUGAUGGACAGAACAUCCUUAGUUCUGGACGAGAUGGAACUUUGCAGUCAUUUUCCACUCUUCAUGAACGUUUUAAUAAGAGUUUGGGGCAGGGUUCCAUUAAUAAAAAGAAAUCCAAAAAGAAAGGGUUGAAGUAUGAUACAAUGAAACUACCUCCUAUUACUACAUUUGCUUCAGAAACAGCACGCCAGAGUUAUUGGGAUGGAAUUGUUGCCUGCCAUCAAGGGUAUCUAAUUAGCACUACAUGGAACUACCAGAAAACCUCAAUGGGAGCACACAAGCUUGAACCUAAGAGAUUUUUUAAAGACCGUACCCUCGAUGUAUAUUCCACAGCUGUGGAUAUAACAUCUUGCGGAAAUUUUGUUAUUGUUGGCCUUUCAUCAGGCCAUGUGGACGUAUAUAAUCUGCAAUCAGGCAUCCACAGAGGGCAGUAUGGUAAAGAAAAGGCUCAUGAAGGCCAGAUCCGAGGAGUUGCUGUUGAUGGACUGAAUCAGCUUACAAUUACAGCUGGUGGCGAUAAAAUGAUCAAGUUUUGGAAGUUUAAAUCAAAGGAAUUGAUUUAUACAACAACACUAGAUGCAUCACCAGCUAGCAUUUUGCUACACAGAGACAGUGGCAUGUUGGCUGUUGCUGUGGAUGAUUUCAAGAUAGCAAUCCUGGAUAGUGAAACGAGGAAAUUUGUGAGAAGAUUCACUGGACAUCACAAUCAAAUAAAUGAUAUGACCUUUAGUCCAGAUGGUCGUUGGUUAAUUACUGCUUCAAUGGACUGUACCAUUAGGACCUGGGAUCUUCCAUCAGGGUGCCUAAUAGACUGCUUCUUGCUUGACUCAGCAGCUGUCAGUAUCACCAUGUCCCCCACUGGAGACUUUCUGGCUUCUGCUCAUGUAGAUGAUUUGGGAAUUUACCUUUGGUCCAACAAGACGCUGUACAAUAUUAUUUCCCUUCGGCCACUGCCUGCUGAUUAUCAACCUUCUAUUGUAAUGCUUCCUGGAAUGUGCCAACAACAAGAGCUGGAGACUUCAGACGAUGAAGAGGAAGUAGAAGACCAGAUGAUAGAAUAUGAUUCAUCUGAACAGCUCGGAGAGCAGUUGGUAACACUCUCUCUGCUUCCAGAAUCACGCUGGAAAAAUCUCCUCAACCUUGAUGUUAUCAAGAAAAGAAAUCAACCCAAGGAACCACCUAAAGUGCCCAAAUCUGUUCCCUUCUUCAUUCCAACUGUUCCUGGCCUUGUGCCUCACUUUGCUGCUGUGGAACAACAAACUGCUGAGGACCAGUCGAAAGUGGUAAAUCUGGGCAUAUUGGCACAAAAAACAGAAUUGUAUAUGCGGCUGGAGGGUGCUGUAAACACCAAUAAUUAUGACCUUGCAGUUAAACUACUGAAAGGAAUGGGACCAUCAAAUAUUGACAUUGAGCUGAGGGGCUUGGCACCAGAAGGAGGUGGUUCUUUGGAAGUGAUGCUGAGCUUUCUGCAAAUGAUCAGCUACAUGCUUGAAAGCAAGCGAGAUUUUGAGUUGGCUCAGGCCUACCUGGCAUUGUAUCUAAAGCUUCAUCUCAAGGUUAUUGCUGUUGAGCCAGUGCUAGUAGAAGAAAUGUCUAAAGUAUCAGUGUUGCUGGAAGAAACUUGGAUGCGUAUGCAGACACUUUUCAACCAAAGCAUGUGCCUGCUGGGAUACAUGAAAAGUGCUCUAUUGUAGGCUGAAAGAGAGUAUUGUUCAGUGAUUCAGCGCAGUCUAAAUAGACGGGAUAACUUAAUUCACCCACACAAGUCAUUGUGUUACCCUUUAUCGUAUACCUUUUUAUGUUGCAUUAUAGACUGACUGUAUGCAUUGUCAUGGUCAUUGCAUUUUAGGGUUGAUUUCUUUAUUUUCAAGAUUGUUUUCUGCUGAGUUUAAUUUCUUAAAAGGCAUGUCAUACUGAUAGUACAUUUGAGUAUCCCUGCGAUAGAUUGAAUGUAGAAGAGAAAAUGGCUCAAAACAUACUAAAAAGACAUUUUUGAGGAUCAUGUUCUACUUUAUUCAUGCUGGCUCUCUGAUAUUUUCCUGUUUACAUUGCUUUGUAAAUAUAAACAGUUUUAUUUUGCAAUUGUACCAGCUGUAUGAUACCAAUAAACUAUUUUUAGAAUUUACAAUUUGAUAGCUUCUUGUACUUUAGUAUUUUGUAGCUAAUUGAAAUUAAUAGUAUGCAUCUGAAGUCUUUGUAUUAAAAAUAAUGUACGUUUCAUUGAAUCAGAUCAUUUUAUUUCCUCACACCAUUUUUCUUUGUAUCUGUUUGCAUCUUUAAGUGGAUCUAAUAUUAAACUUGGUGAUUUUUUUUAAAA